AUGUCGCAGCUGCCCCCUCCAAAUUUUGGAAACUUUCCGCCAUCUUUCAACGCGAACGGUUUUCCAUCGUGUCCAACGCUUGCCCAAGGAGCUGCUUUCUCGAUUUUUAGCCGACCACCGUUUCCUCCGCCAAGCUUUUCGCCAAGAUUACCUUUUAACUCGUUUCCUGGUCCUCCGUUUUGUCAGUUUAGGCCAUCAAUAUGGCCAAAUGGUAACUGUUUAUCCAACCACGUGGCUCAUCGCCAUCAGCACCCUCCGUCUCCUCUUCAGCGUCCACCACAUGCACAGGUUACCAAUUUCCAGGUAGUAUCUAAAGUAACUGAAUAGGUAGCCUGCAUAGCUGGUGGUUUUGUUUCUUGCAUGUGCAAAUGUGCUGCAAAGUUUCGAGGUGUGCCCUCUUGUCAAACAAACCAACAACUACACAGGCUAACAAAUGGUUAUCAGCUCAUGGUUAGCCUGUGUGAGUUAUAGAUACUCACAGGAAGUUUUUCAAGUUAGGAUAUGAAAGAAAUGUAAAAGGCUGGUUCUCAUUUGCAAGAGAGUCUUAAGUCAUUCAGUCAAACCUCCAUGUGCGACAACCUCUCGUAAGCUACCACCUCCCAUAAACAACUGCCAAUCCAAAACACCAAAAUUUUCCCAGUUAAAGCCUCACGGUUGGAACCUCUAGUAAAUGAACACCUCCUGUAAGUGACCGCGACCACUUUUUGGGCCUGACGGUUAAUUAUUUCCAUGGUUUUUAACCUCUUAUAAGCGACCACUUGACGCAUUCUCUGAUCUCUAUGUUCGCUGUGUGCACAAUGCUACUUAGAGUAAACGAAGAACUUUAGUGACAACAUGGAAUUACACAUGUCAUAACUUAGACAUUGCAUGCAAUAAAUUAUCUUCCAUAUUUUUAAGUAGAUGUGCCUGGACCUCUUCUUGGAAAAGGCUCCCUCUGGUUCAGUUUUUGUAAAUGACCACCUCCUGUAAGCGACCACUCAGUCUUUGCAUUUUGGGUGGUUGCUUAUGGGAGGUUCUAGGGUAGUUGUAAGUGCGCCUAUGAUCUAGUGAAACCAAAAACUUGAGUCAUAAUGUGUACUCUGGAAUCAACGUCAGGAGACCAGAAGGUUUCCAUGUUAUUCUGACUCUGCUUAUGGCUCUGUCAUUGAUGAUCCAGUGGAGCUUGAAGCAGAUUAAGUAACAGGAUAAGUUCAAUCACAAUGUUCAUUCCUUUGCUUUUUGAUUGGUUUAGUUCUUCAGCCUCUGCUUGUAACCCCAACAACCUAAUUUUCUAGAUUGUAAGAGAUGAAGUGGUAAGUGGAAGCAGAACGCUGUUUCCACUAGAACAUUAAGCACUAUGCUUCUGAUUAUGAUCCUGACUUCAACUCCAACACAAGGAGAAAUUACCAGCAUAGAGAGCUGCUUGAAGCAUCUCUGGCUUCCAUGGUACUAAGCAAACCCACCCCCCACAAUCUGGUCCAUGUUUUGUUGGUAAAAUCCAUUCUCAGGUUAAACAUAUCAAACCUACAAUACUCGUCACAAAUCGUUGAAGCAGGAGCCAUUUGUCUUGAAUUUUCUCCAAAUUUCAUACAUUCACUCUUUACACAUUUGUUCUCACUCAAAUGUGCCCCUCUCCUUCCCCAAUGUUGAGCCAAGCGUAUUUUGGAGCACUGAAAUGACUGCAAACCCAAAUCAACAUCUGGGAGGGGAAAAUAAGAUUUGUGAUAAGUACUGUAGUACUGUGAUUCAGACUUUCCCUUGUUUCCCAGCACCAAUUAUUCAUUAGAGACAAUGGAAAUUCUGGUUUACCCCGAAAACAGAAGUCACCUACUAAACAUGUAUGGCCACUGGGCCUUUCUUUUAAUAUCUGUGCCCUUAUUGUUGAAGGUUAAUAUAUGACUUUUACACCCCAAGGAGAAAAAAGGUCAAAGCACUGACACAUUUUUAUUUUCUUUUAGGGAAAAACAAGUAGAGCCCAUGAAACUGGUCAGAACGCUGUAGAAACCAAGUUCAGCUGUGACGCUUGUCAAAAGCAGUUCACCAGCAAAGAGACAUUAAAUGCACAUUUAGGAACACACAUUCAGGUAUUGUUAAAGCAGCAGUAUUACCCCUGAGAGAUUUAGAGUCCCAUUUCUGACACAUGUCAGAUAUAAAUUUUUACCACAUGACCCAAGUUUUCCAUUUACACAUUGAUUACUGUUCACUGUGACCACACAGAAAUCGGUAGAUUAACGUUAGGCUGGUUGACUUCAAAAUGCUAACAAACCGAUUAUGCCUUUUGCAGUGUAAUUAUGAAGAUUGUGCAUUCAAGGCAACAAGGAAAAUGCUCAAAUUACACUGGAUACAGGUUUUGUAUAAAAACUAAAUAUGAACUAGAGCAGUGGUAAAGUUUAUGUAGUGAUCAGCUUGGUAUAUUGUUACAAAUGUUUGUUAAAUUCUCUGUUUCUAGGUACACACACCAGGGAAAAUGAGGAUAAAACUGGAUACACCAGAAGAAAUAGCUAAGUGGAGGGAAGAGAGAAAGAGGUUUGAGCAAAAGAUUAAAUAUAUAUUUUUUGAGGGGGUGGGAGAGGAGUUCAAAUUUUCCCACCCUACUAUGUAUAAAUUUCCUAAACAAAAUUUACUGCUUUUACUGGGCAGGGAGGGCACAAAUGGAACCGAUAGGCCCUGUGUGAAAGAUGCCCUCCUGACCAACCCCACCCUAACCUACAUACUGGGCAUAGACCUCCCCAAUGGGGAAGGCCCAAAAAUGCGACAUAGGUCCCAUGUAGGGUACUCUCCCCUCCCCACCCUAAGCUGCAUUGCUUUACAAUAUUUACCACAUUUUUACUGGGUUACGACCGGCCCAAUGAGAAGGACACAAAUGCAACUUAUAGGCCUAAUGUAAGAUGCCGAUAGUCAGUAGGGUUGGUUGGUCAUUGCCAUAGGUUAUUUUGUCCUUUGUGGCUUGUUAACAUCUCACACAAGAUCCAGAUUGGGAAAAGUGUUGUGAGACAGGGCCUUCAGUUUUAUGUCCUUAUCUGAGAAGCAAAGGGACCCUGAUUGCUGGUUUCCCUGGCCACAGAUUGAAGAAGUGUUCAGUGCCUAACCAGUACUGAGCUUUUAUACCCUAUACAGUCCAACCCGGCCUCUUUAAGGGAACUUCUCCAUGCCUUGAUCAUCAUACAGUCCCUGCCACUAUAAUACGGGCACAGUGAGGGGGGAUAACACUGUUUCUUUAUUGUCUGCAUUAAGGAAGUAUUAGUAAGUGAAUCCACGACCUCUUCCUUUUUUUCCCACUAGAAAGUACCCUACUUUAGCUAAUGUAGAGAAAAAGAAGGAAGAAGAAGCAAAGAGAAGAGCAUCAGGGCAGGUUUUGAAGACCAAAAAUUUUAGGUACAAUGCAAUUAAUAUCAUGAUUGUAAUAAAAUAUUAGUGUUCAUUUAGUGAAAUUCCCUAUCAUGUGACUGACAGUCUGCAGUCAGAAAGAAUCGGCAUGCCUUCCUUAGAAGAAGGGAUUAGCACAGUUGUUUAGUGCUUGGCCUUCUGUGUGAGAUGUCCCGAUUUCGAUUCCCAACUACAACCUCAAAUACUCCUUUAGACUUCUUUCUUUUCCGCGUAGCUUUAAGUAGCUUUAUACCUGUAAAAUGAAGCUUUGACCGGGGGGGGAUCCAGGGGGGGGGCCUAGGGGGCCCCCCCCCCUUUUUUUUAGGCCGAAAUGUGUCCCUAAGGGCCAAAAAAAAUUUUUUGGGGACUGCCCCCCCCCCCUAUCUCAGGGUCUGGUUGACCCCCUCCCCCCACCCCUUAUCUGAAGGUCUGGAUCUGCCACUGCUGAAGGAGAGGGAGAGUAAAAUUGUUGGCCUCAGGUUUAUUAGAAAUAGACAUAAAAUAGACUCUUUACAUUCUUUACCCCCUUUGAUACCAGUGUUUAAGUAAACAUGGACAGAAUAUCCUACGCUGUUUCAAUCUUGUACAGAUGUAUCAUCACCACAACUUUGUAUGAGCAGGGUAUUAGUUAUUACUUUAUUUCAUUUUAUCUUUCAAGAUAUCAUAGAGGUCGACAGCGUGGGCGAAGAUCAUCCCAGCAAGGUGGUCGCAAUCAUUUUAACAAUCAAGGCCACCAUGGCGGGGGACAGGAGGAUGUUAAUAGCAAAGAAAUGUCUAAAAACCAGACACAAAACAGUGAAGUAGCAGAGGGCAAAGAUAGUGAAGGACAUAAUAGGUUACAAAGUGGCAGUGAUCCACUCUCAUUUGUACUUGGCAAUUCACAUGAUGAGGAAGAAUCCGGUAAGUCCCAUGUAGAAUGGAAUAAGUUUUUCAACAUGUAUGUUUAGUUCUUAAUUAUUUAAUCACUUCCACCAUAUGGUGCAGAACACACAACAGAGGGGAGCUCCAAUUUAAGUGUGUCCUUGCAGAUAACCGACCCAGCCCAGGAGAGGUUGGCCACACCACUGGGGUCUACGUCCCCUACUCUUUUCGAACAGUGGUGUGGGUUCUUUACGUCCCACAAGAACAUCCUUAUCAGAAAAGACUAGAAAGUCUAACCAUUUGCAGACCUCAUUACAAAGGCAGCACUUUCUCCUCAGUUAUUUUAAGACCCUGGGUGUUGGUCCGGCUGGGAUUUGAACCCACGACCUCCCGCUCAGCAGACCAGCAAUCUUCCAACUCAGCCAACCAGGCGGCGGUUAGCUACAAAACACAAUUAAUUUUUUUUGUUAAAUUUGUUGUGUUUGUUUUUAAGUUCAGUCCAUUAUUUUAGUGUCCUCAGUUAGCAAGACUUUUAAUACAUUUUUUGGAGAUGUCCAAUCUAUUUGUCAUUUAAGGUUUUAUGCUUUAGUAUCAAACUCUAUCAACUGCCACUGUAUGGAAAGGAAUCCCAAUAGAAAUCACAAUCUUUUAAACAGAUACCAGUACUUAAUGGAUGGAUAUAAAAACUGUUCAGUCAGAUGUCACAACUGUUCAAAAUGUUUUAUGAAACCAAGUUGAACAGAUUGUGAAAGCCUUUUAUUUUUAUUUUGUUUUAGAUUCAGAAACUGGAAAUCAAGACAAAAGAAAAUGUCCCAGUAGUACGCAGGAAACGACACCUAAUACAGCACCUGUGCAAGUUUCAGCUCUGAAUUCUUUGUGCUCAGCAUAUGCUAGUGAUUCUGAUGAUAAUGAAGAAAUAUCAGGUACAAAUGAUCAAAAAAUAUAAUUUGCUUGUGGUGUUUCAACCCGAUAAGGUUGUUGUUUAGCUGAUGAUGGUGAUGAUGAUGAUGAUGAUGAUGAUGAUGAUGAUGAUAAUGAUGAUGAUAAUAGUGUAUUAAUACUUUCUGGUCCUCACUUUUCUAGCAACAGAAAUAAACAACAAUAAGGAAACCAACUGCACUAACUAUGAAAACAUCCCCGAGAAAUCUUGUUCAAAUGAAGUGAAUUCAAGACACAACAUAGAUAGUACAAGUGAAACCAGAGGGGACACUAACAGCAAGAAAAACAGUAAAUCACGAAGAGGUCAUAGGGGAAAAAGGAAAACAAGCUCUAAGGUGAGAUCAUGCCUUUCAAACAUCACUGAGCUGAAUUUUGACCAACUGAUAGCCUGCAUAGCAGGUGCUAGGAAAUAAAUGGGUGCAAGAAAGAACGGGUCUGCGCGAAGGAGACACGUGUCCCCUUGCAUGUCUCCCUCACACUCGCCCAUUCUUUCUUGUGCCUUUUUAUUUCCUAGCGCCUGCUACGCAGGCUAACCAACUGAACAUGACUCUUUCUUACUGUAAGUAACGUAUCAAAUGUGAGAAAAAUUUUUUAAUCCAAUAUCCUGAUGAUAUAUUAGAGAGGCUUGAAAAAGUGAAACACUGCCAAGUUUAUUUAAAACCGACUGUUAGGUGAGUAGAAAUGGGAUGAAACACUGUGUGAAGGAAAAUAUAGCUUUUUAAAUGGUAUAUAAUUCUUCAGGAAAUUCAAAGCUAAAGUUUGUAAAAUUGGUAAAAACCUUUGUGAUAGCGAUUUACUUGUUUUAUUUUCAUGAAUUUUUAAUGUAUUAGAGAACCUUAUCUUAAAAUAGGUAGGAAGGAAAGCCAGAGUCAUGUGUCAAUGUAAUGUUCUCGUUUUAAAAGAUCCAUACAGAAUCAAGAAAAAAUGCUCUAAUUAUAUAUAUUUUUAUUGGUUGUUUGUUUGAUUUUGCUUUUUAUAUUCAGGUUGACCCCAAAUCACCGAGUGUAAGGAAAUCAACUCUUCUAGAAAAGCUUUUGGCCCCAGAAAUCCGCCAUGAGAGGAAUGUCAUUCUACAGUGCUUGCGGCACAUUGUCAAAAAGAACUUCUUUGGUGCAGGAGACACCAUGUCAGCAACUGAUUAGCAAUGGAUUCUAUGACAUUUGGCCAUCCUGUGAUGCCCUUAAUACACUGAAGUUAGUGGCACGGUCCUUUCAAGAUCCAUACUGAAAGAAAAUGCAAUAAAUCAUGUUUUAUUGAAAUAUUGUGUGCCAGCGAGCUUGCUGGCAAUAAAAAAAAACUGCCCACAUCUCACACUUAAACUUGCUCUGUAUAUCUUGCUCAUUUGUUGUUGCAUUCCUUGUUUUACUCAUUACCGAAGACUGUUGGCGCAUCUCUACUCU